AUGUUUCUCUGUUUUAAUCUCUUAAAGAGUAAAGAGCUGGUGUGUUUCAAAGACAUCUGUCCUGCGGCUCCUCACCACUACCUUGUUGUCCCCAAGCAACACAUCCACAGCUGCCAGUCACUGAACAGGAGACACAUCAGCCUUGUUGAAAGAAUGACCGAACUGGGAAAGGCUGUACUCCGCGAACAAGGGAUCACUGACAUGGCGGAUGUAAGGUUUGGUUUCCACAAGCCUCCCUUCAUCUCAGUAGACCACCUGCACCUCCAUGUGCUCGCACCCAGCAGCAAAAUCUCAACGUCCAUGAUAUACAAGUUCACCCCAGGCACUGACUCGUUUGUUACUGUAAGUGCUGAUGGCUUCAGGUGUCCUACUCUUUGCUCACAUUCCAAAGAUCUCUUAUGA